UACUAUUUAGAGCCACUGCAACUAAACCAAACCCUCUUUUCUCUCUGUUCGGUUUUGGAGUCACCACCGGCCAAACAGUUACAACACCACUUCUAAGUUGAAACAUCCCUGUUUUCCAACAUUGUAUAAGUCCACACCAACAUCACAUCUUCUUUCUCUGUCUCUCUGUCUCUCUCUUUUUUCUAUAAUCUUCUUCUUCUUCUUCUUCCAUGGCUGAUGCCACCAAGUACAUUCCCAUAAACUCAGACCCCAAGAGCCUCUUCUCCAUUCCCAAAACCAGAAAAACUCUAACUUUUGCCUAUGCUUUUACUUUUGUCUUUGUUGCUUUCACUGUUUUCCUUGCCUUUUGCCCCUCUCCAAACACUUCCUCUCCCUUCUUCACCAACAUAUUCUCCUCCACUGCUUCCUCCACUUCCUCCACUUCUGCUUACAAGUCACAACUCUCUUCCAUUUUCUCUUAUUUCUUUAACACCACCACUUCUUCUUCUUCUUCUUCUUCUUCCAAUUCCUCAACCUAUGUCACCACCACCGCUUCUAGAUCUACCAACACCACUUUUCAAUCUCAUUCAACAACUAAAAAGCCUUUUAAAGCAACCCCUUUUGAAAACCAGACUCAAACCACUCCAACUACAAGCAACAUACCCACCAAUCACACGCCAAAACCGCAUGAUCAUCUUGUGAAUAAAAAGCCAUCAAGUGCUUCCAAUCAUACACGAGUUUCUGGAGGGGGCGCAGAGAAAGGAGUUGUGCGUAGUAAUUACACGGCUUCCCUGGUGAAGAAAAAGAAGGAUGGGAACAAGGAAACGGAUUCGAGGGUGGAGGAUGAACAUAUUGAGGCUUUGAUCAAAUGUGAUUUUUUUGAUGGGGAAUGGAUUAAGGAUGAUUCUUAUCCUCUCUAUCAACCGGGGUCUUGCAAUCUCAUCGAUGAACAGUUCAGUUGUAUCCAAAAUGGAAGACCUGAUAAAGACUAUCAGAAAUAUAGGUGGAAGCCAAAGAGAUGCAGCCUCCCAAGGUUGGACGGACAUAGAAUGCUGGAAAUGUUGAGAGGCAAGAGGCUUAUUUUUGUUGGUGAUUCCCUGAAUAGGAAUAUGUGGGAAUCUCUCAUUUGCAUCCUAAGAAACUCUGUGAAAGACAAAAGCAAAGUAUAUGAAGCAAACGGAAGAGUCCAUUUCAAAGGGGAAGCUUCUUAUUCAUUCAUAUUCAAAGAUUAUAACUUCUCCGCGGAGCUUUUUGUGUCCCCAUUCUUAGUUCAAGAAUGGCAAUUUCAAGUAAAGAAUGGAACAAAAAAGGAAACACUUCGUCUUGAUUUAGUUGGUAAAUCUUCAGUUCAAUAUAAACAUGCAGAUAUAAUCAUCUUCAACACUGGUCACUGGUGGACUCAUGACAAAACUUCCAAAGGGAAGGACUAUUACCAAGAGGGAAGCCAUGUCUACAAUGAACUGAAUGUUCUGGAGGCAUUUCGCAGGGCAAUAACCACUUGGAGUAGAUGGAUUGAUGCCAACAUAGAUUCAUCAAAGUCUAUGAUAUUCUUCAGAGGCUAUUCUGCUUCACAUUUCAGUGGGGGGCAAUGGAAUUCUGGUGGACAAUGCGACAGUGAAACUGUGCCAAUCAAGAAUGAGAAGUACUUGAAGGAAUACCCUCCUAAGAUGAGGGUAUUGGAAAAGGUUUUGAAGUAUAUGAAAACCAAAGUGACCUAUCUAAAUGUCACUAAAAUGACAGAUUUCAGAAAGGAUGGUCAUCCUUCUAUUUAUAGGAAGCAAAACCUAUCUGCAGAAGAGAGAAAAUCACCAUUGAGUUUCCAAGAUUGCAGUCACUGGUGCCUCCCUGGUGUUCCUGAUGCAUGGAAUGAGAUUCUUUAUGCUGAGCUUCUUUUGAGACAGUAUCAGAAUCAGCAUCUGAAGAAAAGAACAUAGGUAAACUAAAC